AUGGACAUUCCCAGCGUUAUGUGCAUGAAAGGAGGAGAAGAGGAAACUAGCUACACCAAGAACUGUUCCCUUCAGGUUAUUCCUUAGACAAAGGGAAAAUUCAGCGCCUGGUUUUAUUGGUUGGACCUUUGUGUCUAUACCUAACACAACUUCUCUGCUCCUCCGAUUCCAUGCAGGCGAGAGUGAUAGACGCUGCGAAGUCGAGUGUGGAUGAGGCCGUCGUCAGGCUCUUGUGCGCUACCAAUGCCCAGAAACUCACUAUCGCUGACCUGGGUUGCGCUUCUGGACAGAACACCUUGUCUGUCGUGGCCAACAUUACGGACACCAUUGAGCAGACAUGCCAACGGCUUGGCCGGUUUCCACCGGAGGUGCACCUAUUUCUUAACGACCUCCCACGGAAUGACUUCAACUCCGUUUUCUCCUCACUCCAGUCCUGCAAGGCUCGAGAGGCUACAAACUUAGGUCGCUGCUUUAUAGCUGGAGUGGCUGGUUCCUUCUAUGGGAGGCUCUUUCCGAGGAGGAGCAUUGACUUCUUUCACUCCUCUUCUAGCCUCCACUGGCUCUCUCAGGUUUUUUUUCUUUUCAAGAUAAAUCGUAAAAUACUAAUAAGAAGAGGCGAAGAAGAAGAAGAUGUUGAUCUCAGCGAUUUAUUUUUUUCCAGUUCUGGUCUUACGAAACUGAUUCAGACAAUCUGAUUAUGAACGCUGAAAGAGUACAUAAAAUAUUUUCCACUAAGAAAUCUAUUAUGAUAACUGCAAUCGAAUAAAUACUUGUGAAUUAUACAUAACCUUUUCAUUACCUUGUGUGAUUUAGUAUGGCAGAAAAUUGAGUGUGAAUGAAAGCCUUGUAGUUUAGUUUUUUCAUCAUGAGUUUUAUUUUUUUUCUUUAUGUUUAACAUUAUAACAAGUUUAUAUCAAAAUUCUCAUGCUACACUCAUUAUUUUUGAUUUAUAUCCAAUAAAAACUGUCUUGGGACAGUUUAAAUGGUUUCUGUUAGUACAACUAAACUAUUUACACAUACAAUUGGUUGUGCAUGUAUUAUAGCUCACGAUAUUUUAAUUUGAAGAAAUUUAUUCUAGAAAGUUUUCAUGAGGCCUGAAGUUCAUGUUCUAGGGUAUUCUUUUCUCCUCAUAAACUUUUCUAUAUCAAAACGCUUUCUUCAUUUGUUAACUGGUUUUGUAUAUAUAGGAUCCACUUAAGGCCCACCAAAAGAAUGGCUUGCUUUUAAACAAGGGCAACAUCUUUAUCUCAGAAAAAAGUCUUCCUUUCGUGCUGGACGCAUACUCAAGGCAAUUCAAACAAGAUUUCUCUGAUUUCCUAAAGUUCCGAUCAAUAGAAAUGGCCACAGGGGGACGCAUGGUGCUAGUUUUAAUUGGCCGUAUGGGCUUGGAUGCUACUAGUGAAGUUACCCGACACAUGGACGUGUUGUCAUCAGCGCUCAUGGACAUGGUCCAAGAGGUUUGCCACCCCCUUUACUCAUAUCAGUCAAUUUUCAACAGUUUGGUUUGGUAUUCUCAUGUGCAUGGUGAUCUAAUUAAAGAUUUACAUAUUGGACUCUAGAGUUGAUAACCUCAAUUAAAUGUCAAAAAUCCAAACCUACAAGAACAACUUGCAACAUCAGAUGUGAUCAUUUUACCUACGAAAAAAAUAAAAUUCUACCAUAAAUGUAUACAAUCUGUAGUAUUAUUAGGACAGUUUUUAUUUAAUUGAUAUUUGUCUUAACCAAAAGCUUGGACAUUCAAUUCCAAGACGAUUUGGAUCUAUCCUAAAUAUCAUUUGAAAUAGCCAUUUUUUUAGUUUUUAAAUUCCUAGAUGGAAACUGUACCAUAUUGAUUUUCUUAAAAGCCCUUUGGGGAAAUUUAAGCCUCCUCCCUCCUAUCUUACUACCUCUAUCUCCUUUUGUUCCUUUAUUUGUGUCAUUUCUUGUCAUAUGUUGUCUAUUAUUGAAAAUAGCUCUCUUGCAUUGAAAUAACAUAAAUAUUUGCUUUUUGAAUCCUAGGGAAAUGUUAGGAAUGGCAUGUAGAUCUCAUUUGAAUAUUACUUUGCAUUUAUUUAAUCUUAUAAAAUUAAUUGAAAGAUGCAUAUUACUGAUUUGUUGCACAGGGUUAUAUCACAGAGGAGAAAGUAGACUCCUUUAAUAUUCCGUUAUAUCCACCUUGCGUUCCGGAGGUUGCACAUGAAAUAUUAACUGAAGGAUCGUUUUCCUUGGAUUACCUGAAAGUGUUUGAAUUAGAUUAUGAUAUCGAGAGAAAGGAAGCUAUUUCCAAUAUGACAAAAGGAGAAAGAGUGGCAUUGAGUUUACAAGCAGUCUUCGAGCCAUUACUAGCAAGUCAUUUUGGAAGUAACAUUAUUGAAGGUUUAUUCUCCAAGUUUAGUAAUGCUAUUGACAAAGGUAACUGUGAAAAGGAACGCAAGAUGGCAUAUUUGAUGGUGUCACUAAUAAGAAAGUCUUAA